AUGUCGGAAGUCACAAGAGCAUUGACAGCCAGCUACUACCCCCGUCGCAGCCCAGCACGGGUCCCUGGGACCCCCAAAGGAUGUGGGACGGGACCAGAGGCCGUGCCCCGGCAGCGGGGGCUGGCCCAGGGUCCCCGAGGGGCUGAACAAGCUGAUCGUGAUUUGGGAAGCAGCCACCCAUCCACCGUCACCGUCACCGCGACGCCGUCUCGCCGCAGGACACUCGGGGCAGGGACGGAGCCCCGGCAGAAGAGCCCCGCCGAAGGGGCGGAGCCAGCUACAGGGGGCGGGGCAUGGCGCCGAGGGGGCGGGGCGGGGCCGGCGCGGAGUGAAUGGCGUCGCUACCCGAGUGACAGGGCGGCCGGCUUCCGUGGAAGGGGAGGCGGGGCCGCGGAGGCGGUGGGAGGCGUGGCCCGGCCGCCUGAAGCCAAUAGGAGCGGGCGGGGCGGGGCCUGGCCGCCCGCAGCCGGCGGGGCGGGCACCACGUGCGGCGGCAGCAUGGCGGCGGCGGCGGGCGGCAGGAGGGCCAAGGCCCCGCGCGGGGCGGCGGGACGGCGGCGGCCGCGGGCGGCGGUCCCGGGCGCCGAGGGGAGGCCGCGGGCGGCGGCCGGCCGGCCCGUCGACGAGGAGGUGUCCAGCGACUCCGAGCCGGAGAGCCCGUCGUUGGGGCGGCGGCGGCGGGAGGCGGCGGAGGAAGAGGUGGAGGAGACGCCGCAGGAGAAGAAGCUGCGCCUGGCCAAGCUGUACCUGGAGCAGCUCCGCCAGCACGAGGAGGAGCGGGCGGCGGCGGAGGAGGAGGAAACCCAGCCGGCGGAUCUCAUCGGCGACCGGCUGAAGGAGGACGUGCUCGAGCAGAAGGGCCGGCUGCAGCGCCUGGUCGCCAAAGAUGUGCAGCCUCCGGAUCCAGCCAGCAUCCGCAUGCUGCGGGGGCACCAGCUGCCCGUCACCUGCCUGGUCAUCUCUCCAGAUGACAGGUUCAUCUUUUCUGCUUCCAAGGACGGCUCCCUCAUCAAAUGGGAGGUGGAGAGCGGGAAGAGGUUGUGCGUGGUGCCGGGGGGGAAGAAGGGCACCGAGGAGCGGCACAUGGGACACGCAUCCCACGUCCUCUGCAUGGCCAUCUCGUCAGAUGGCAAGUACCUGGCCACAGGAGACAGGAACAAGCUGAUCAUGAUCUGGGAUGCAGCCACCUGCAAGCGCCUGCACAUCUUCACUGGGCACCGCGAUGCCGUCUCGGGUCUGUCCUUCCGGAAGGGCACGCACCAGCUGUACAGUGCCUCCCACGACCGCUGCGUCAAGGUCUGGAACGUGGCAGAGAAUGCAUACGUGGAGACCCUGUUCGGGCACCAGGAUGUCAUCACGGGGCUGGACAGCCUGAGCCGGGAGUGCUGUGUGACGGCAGGGGGACGGGAUGGUACCGUGCGACUCUGGAAGAUCCCGGAGGAGUCGCAGCUUGUGUUUUACGGGCACCAGGGCUCCAUCGACUGUAUCCAGCUCAUCAACGAGGAGCACAUGGUGUCAGGUGCCGAUGACGGGUCCCUAGCCCUGUGGGGGCUAACGAAAAAGAAGCCGUUGGCACUGGCCCGGCAGGCGCACGGCAUGCAGGAUGCCCAGGGCCUGCAGCAGCCAUACUGGAUCUCGGCAGUGGCCGCCCUGCGCAACAGUGACCUCCUGGCUACAGGCUCCCACAGCGCCAGCGUGAAGCUUUGGAAGUGCGGUGAGGGAUUUCGGAAGCUGGAGCCCCUCUGGGACAUCCCGUUGGUGGGUUUUGUUAACAGCCUCAAGUUCUCUGCAGCCGGCGACUUCCUCGUGGCUGGCCUUGGACAGGAGCACCGGCUUGGCCGGUGGUGGAGAGUCAAAGAAGCCAAGAACGGCAUCUGCAUCAUCCCCCUGAAGCGGAGGGCUGCAGCCCCCAGCUCCGAAGCCCCCGACAGCUCCGAAGCCCCCGACAGCUCCUAGCCCCUGGCCCCAGAGGCGCUGGAGCCAGGUCACUAAACCCCUGUCCCUGGAGCUGCGCCCCGAGUCCUUUGUGCAACCAUCUUCCUGGAGCCGGCAGGACGUGAGCAGGGGGUGUCGCAUGGCCCCCUGAUCCUGCUGGCCCCCGUAUCAUGAUGUGGCUCUGCCCUCUGCGAGGGCCUGCCCCUUUCCCUCAGGUUCAGCCUGACCUGAGCUCUGGAAGAGUCUAUUU